AACAUCAACUUGGUACUGUGUUGUGCAGAUUUUCCCAUUGACGACUGCAGAUUCAUAUCGAUUCCUAAAGUUAACAGUUAAGAAUUAACGUGGCAAGCUGCAUGGAGGAUUUCAACAGCGGAACAAAGAGUAAUUUAGCAAGCAAGGCGAAACUGUUGGAACGUGUUUUGUCUUUCUUAAUAUAAGGUGUGCACCUUCCACUCACUCUCCAACCACCUUUGGGUGAUCUCCUCCAAGGUUCCACUGUGAUGACACGUUCGAAAACCUUCCAGGCGUACCUGCCCAGCUGCCACCGCACCUACAGCUGUAUCCACUGCCGCGCACACCUGGCCAACCACGAUGAACUCAUAUCCAAGUCAUUCCAAGGCAGUCAAGGUAGAGCGUACCUCUUCAAUGCUGUUGUCAACGUGGGCUGUGGUCCGGCAGAAGAGCGUCUGCUGCUGACCGGGCUGCACGCCGUGGCGGACAUCUUCUGUGAGAGCUGCAAGACCACCCUGGGCUGGAAAUACGAGCAUGCAUUUGAAAGCAGUCAGAAAUACAAGGAGGGCAAAUUCAUCAUAGAGCUUGCCCACAUGAUCAAGGACAACGGCUGGGAGUGAGUGGAGUGUCUCCACUGGGCUGAGAUGUGGUUUUAGCAGAAGGCCUGAUUGGCUUACAGGGGCUUGUUCCAUGUGAGGUCACCAGUUUCAACGCUGACAUGCAGCAUUAAGAGACUAUACUUCACAUUUGACUAAAGGUUGUCGCGUGCGUGUGUGUUGUGUGUUUGCUGUUGAGUUGGGGGAUGGAUUUGUGAUUUAAACAAGUACAUGAUGAAUGUAGUGGGGACAUUAUUCUCAUAGUCGUCUUCAUGGGGGAGAAUAAUAAGCAUCCAUUUAGUAGUUUGACUUAACGUUGACUUUGGACUAAGCCCAGAAAUGUUAUACAACCAAAGGGGCUGUGCCCUUUAACCUUAUGGUCUAAGUAUCUGAUCCAUGUGAUGUCACACAUCAAUAGUCAAUGUUUCAUUGAAGCAUUGCCCAUUGCCAUAGUUGAUUUCGACUAUGGCAAUGGCCAAAACCCUUGUAACAUAGAUAAAGAAUCUUUAUUGUCAUUGUACAAGACAACGACCUUUUGUCAGAGGCCUCCUCCAGCUGCACAGUUAUACUAGGGGGAGAGCUCCGAGCCGCUGCGACUGUGCGCACCGCCAUCUUGAAAACCUCAAUUUUCUCCAUAGCAGCAUCUGUUCUAAAGAAAGUAUAUAUGCUACAGUUAUCUGCAACUGUUGGAUGCGUACGUUUUAUCUUUCAAAGAACAGAUGGAUUUUUUUGAUAUACCGGUAUUGUAUUAUGCUAUUUAUUCAAACAUGUGUUCUAAGUUAUUCUUGUAUUAUUUAAUAGGUUAUAUAUAGGAAACCGUUUCAGACUCUUUAGUCAGUAUUUGUUUUGAGUCAUUUGUUUUUAUCCAGCAUUCAAGUGUAGCGAUCAGAAAAGUAAUCUGAGCUGUCGUUUCCUUCCUUAUGUUUGUAGUAAAUCAUAGACAUGAUCAUGGAGGAAUUGAGUUGAGAUCAGGUUUGCUUACAUCAGGGCUGUACAAUGUCUUUGAAUUCAUUACAAGGCCAAUCAAAAAACGUUACUUGACACAUGACCCUUAACUUAUUAGAAUUUUGAAUCCGUCAACACGGUUUGAUAUUAAAGCAAAAAUAAAUUGAUAAAAAAAAAUAUGCAAAAGGAGUAUCUUAUAAUCCUAUUUUCUCUGAUGAAACAUCAACAUUAGCAUUAGCAACAUUAGCACAAAUGUUUAAUUCAUGGAACUUAAUUAGUAUAGACGUUUGUGACUACCAUGUGUCUUGUGGCUCAAGCUCUUGGUUUCCCGACUCUCUCUCUCUGUUUGUAUUUCUGCCCAUGCAUGUUUUUAGCUUGGUUCUUUCUUGUUUUUAUUUGAUAUUAUUUGCUAUAUUUUGUUUCACCGACAGAUGUAUACCAAAUGUACCCCGUUCAACCCGAUCACUUUAGCGUUGUAGCGUUGAGAGGAAACCACAGAAUGUAACUGAGAUGAUGAGCUAUCCUCCUCUGAGACCAGAGGAGCUCUGUUCUGUGUGGACCAAAGACUGUUCAGGACAAAUUUACCAAAUGGUGAACCUCAUUCAAAAAGUUCACCGUUCAAAGUAAAGGAUUGUGGUUUUCCCUCAGUUCAUUUGGAAAGCAGGCCUUUCUGUGAGUGAUAUUGAUAUUUGAGAUGUAUGUUCAUUUUAUAUAGCCAUAUUCAGUGUUCUAUUUAUUGAUUCCGAUUCAGUUCAUGUUUGGAGACUGUUGCAUAUGAGCUACUGUCUGUACUGAGCCUUGCUCAUUAGAUAGUUUUCCUACUUUUUUUAUGAGAACAAUAUAUUUAUUGAGAUUUUGAACAUAAUUUGCAAAGAAUUGAGAUGACAAUAUUACAGAAAAUAAAGAUGUGUAUUUCGUUGAACAAACAUUC